AUGCAGUUACUCAAAUUGACUUUAAAAGGAAUCGACACAAGUUAUAGCAACGGGAAAGUUUCGAUUAAUAUCCGCUUGUUUUCUACUUCGCGAUGGAGAAGCCAGCAAGUGGUGACAUUUAAGUUAACUUGCAAUCAUGCUAAACGUUUUGCAAUGGAAAAACAAGUUCAAUAUCAUUGGAACAAGUUGAUAAAAGUUGGCGUCGGAAAGAAAUAA